AUGCCCUACACGCCAGCCGCUGAUGCUGCCUCCCGCAUAGCUUUGGCUCUGGAACCACGGUGUCAUUCAUCCGCGCCACGUUUCUGUGUGUAUGCCUGUGCCCAACGCGGGGCAGCAAUGAUUCUGGCUAUGGCAAGCAUCAUCUAUGCCUUGUCAUGCAUGAUAGAAGGAGGAGGUACCUCCGCUAGGAAUAUCCAUCGACUGGGGUCUUGGCGAGGUUGCGGACAGGACGCGACCGGCUUUCUGGAAGAGAAGCAUCGCCCCUGGAGCCGCAAAGAGGCUAAGAUUCCAGACCAGACACUUAUUAUGUUGCUCUCUGUGUUUGGAUAUCCAACAUUUGGCAGGGGGAGGGACGGCGGGGGGAGGAGAGGCUCGAUGUGA